UUCGGUCUUCCCGAAGUCGUUUUCUUUCUAUUCAUUUCCAAUCAUAGAAUUUGUCGUCCUCUUCUGGUGCAAAUGCUGUUUUGCCCUUUUUUCUCCAUAAUUGCAAGUGCCGAUGUAUAUCGCGAGCAACUAAUUUUGUUGUGGUUCCAUGCAAUUUCACAACUCUUACUGAUGACUGCCGCAGAAGUUGCAACUCCUAAGAUCGCAAUACUUGGAUCUGGCAUCUUUGUUCGCACACAGUACAUUCCUAGACUGAGGGAGUUGGCUGAUUUGGUGGUUGUGAAAACAAUCUGGAGUCGUACUGAGAAUUCUGCAAAAGCUGCAGCAGAGCUUGCCCGUGACUUCUCUCCAAAUGUAGAAUUUAAAUGGGGUGAAGUGGGGCUUGAUGAUAUUAUGCAAGAUGAUUCUAUACUUGGAGUUGCAGUUGUUCUUGCUGGACAAGUUCAG